CUGGCCUUCAAAUUGACGACAUUUGUUCGCGAUGUCCGCGACUCAAGGAAUGAAAUUGACGGCGUCACCCGGGAACUGUUAGCUGUGAAAGGCGUGCUCGAAAUCAUUGCCGACGACAUAGAGACAUCAUCGCGACCGCUGCCCAGCAGCCUGCAGGAGCAGCUAUCUGGCGUCAUCUCCAACUGUACACAUGUCGUCGGCGAGGUAGACCGCUGUAUACGAGAUCAUGAAGGCUCCCGAGUCCAGAAGGGAGCCCGAUGGGUCGCUUUCGGAAGAGGGGACAUGGCUAGACUGCGGUCAACCCUGGAAGCCCACAAGUCGACGUUGAAUCUCGCUGUAGAGAUGAUUUCCCUGACGGCCCUCCGCGACGUGCAGCAAGACACGACGGUGAUUAAGGGAAACACCGACGCGUUAGUCAAGGACUCCAAGGAUCUGGUGGACGGCACAGCUCGAAUUCUUGAAGCCAUCGCCGAGCUUCAAGCGAAAUUCCCGGGCACCUUGGAUGACGACUCCCGCUUCUUCAUGUUGCAGCGUUACCUAGAUGGGCUCACAAGCUAUGCCGAGACCGUCUGUGACGAUGCGGAGACGAGAUUCGAGGAUCUUACUCUGCAGAGCUUGGAAAACUCGGACGCGGAAAGUUCAUCGUCAAGGGUCACGAAUAAAGCGACACCCACGACAGCGCAGCAAACUCUCCCCUCGGGGCCUGUCUUGCCCCGUCUAGCCCUUCCAGACGAGGCCGGCGAUGAUCUAUACAAUGGUGCUGGGUCGCUCUCGACGGCACUUGAAGAUUACUUCCGGAGUGAGGCACAUGAUUCAAAUCAAAAAGGACCGACUAGGGCAGAAAGCCCAGAUGGGGAGUCUUCCGUUGUGAGACUCCUCCGCGAUACUAACAUCCAGAAACCAAGUCUGCCUUCUUCAGAAGAAGAGUCGUUCUCCGUGAACACGGUAUCCUCAGCCAAGUCCCUCGAGGCGAGUAUUAUUCAAGGGUCUGGGAAGUCGACGCUCGAGAGCGAAUCAGUCUCCACACGUAAUCAGGUUCCUGCCUUGUCAUCCUUCAGAGAAGAUUUCGAUCUGCUGGACGGCGAGCUUUCCAUCUACGGAAGGAUACCCUUCGCAGUGGCCCAAUGCGGAGCCUUUCUCAAAGACAAAGGUACCACGGAACAGGAGGGAGACAGUUACGACUUCAACAGCCCGAAAAUAUUGUGCCGAGAAUUCAACACUCCCCCAUUCUACGGCCUUGGAAUAAAGUGGCACGACUAUACCUGCGUCGACGCAACUCGUGUACUCGUCAGAUACUUCGCCUGGCUCUGUCGUAUGGAAAAGGAUGCAUAUCACGAAUUCUUGGAGAAGGUCAAAUCGAUCCUGGGCGGUCUCGAGCAUCUCGCGGACUCCCACGCCGAAUCGGGUGGAAGUCGCGAGCAGAUCCCGUCCGUGCUGGCCGCAGAGAUCACAAGCAGCAUGGCGUACUUCUGCGAGGUAAUCGCCAACAGGGGCGAGCCCACCGUGGUUCUCUUCCGAGCGUUUGAGUUGGGACGUGGAUACAUUCGGUAG